AGAAUUGUAUUAAUAACGAGUGUGAAUAAAAAGUCUAGAUUUCAGUUAUCCUGCAGAGUUUGGUCUCACACUGUUUCCAUCAAUAUAAGAAAAAUAUUACUAAAAUGAGACUCGUACUUACAAUAGGUUUCCUGUUGGCGUGUGCAAUUGUCACAUCGGGAGAGGUGCACUUUAUGAAACUUCACCAGGACGGGGUGACAGGAAGUUGCACAAUUCUUGACCAAGAGACGCUCAGAAAAUUCAAGGGGUUACAGAGUGAAGACGAAAAUGCACUACUGGUCAAAGUUCGACCCGCAGUGAUUCCACCCCCCGCGGACGGACCCAUCCAGCAACAUCCAGAUGACAUCGAUAGCUCAAAAAUUGUCGAAAUUUACGCAAAAAGUUUAAGCAUCUUAGAAAUCCAUGUUGAAAAAUUAUGCAAAUCGACCAAAACCCUUGCUCCUAUCGUAUUCAGCCCAAAACAAUCACCAGAAGUUGUCAAAAUUGUGGACGGUGGAGAUCAGACCAACAGAAUUGAUGUAGUUUUUAUGGGAGAUGGAUACCAAGCAGAAGAACGACAGGAGUUUUUUGAUGAUAUUGACCGUCUGGUGACUGACAUGUUUGAGGGGGCAACGUUCCGCUCGUACCUUCCCCUCUUCAACAUCUGGGCCGUCUUUGUAGCCAGUGUGGAGUCUGGGAUUGGUUAUGAUGGAGCUAUAAACACCCCGUUCAGAUUGUACAGACAGGCUGGCCAAUUAAGAGCAAUUUAUCCAGGAAACCCUCAGUAUGCUCGGCAGGUCUGCCAAUUAACCGGAGCCUCUGGAUGUGAGUAUCCCAGUCUUAUCGGAAACGAUGACUUUUACGGUGGUCUUGGAGGUGAAUUUGUCAUCUCAACAAGAUCCAAUCGAACUGGCACUGUCGUCCUGAGGCACGAAAUGGGCCACAAUUUUGCCGAUGUAGGUGAGGAAUAUGACGGUGGAAGUGUCUACUCGGGCGUCAAUGCUGCCAGAGCUGUAAAUUCGUUAGGAUGGACGCCCUGGUUGACCUCGACGGCUCGAGAAGAACGGGUCGCGUACCGAUUGCUGGAAUAUCUCUGGGUCGACCUUGCCCAGACCAACGUGUCGCUAACGUUCAAUUCUGACGGAGCGUAUAGCCGAUGGUUCAUGACCAUCUCAGUGACAGCGGCAGGGGAGGCGGACUCACUGGAAUUUGCUAUCGAUGGUGAACCUCUCCCUUGGACCAGUCUGGGUUCGGAUGAUCGUGAGUUUUACGAGUGGUUUAAUCCUCGUGGAUUCACUCCGGGAAGUCAUAUCCUCACCAUCAGAUCUAAGACGGUACCGACUCAUCCCUCCAUUCAACGAAUGGUGGCGUCAGUUGACCUCCACGAGUUUGGAAGUGAGGCAGAAUUUGUGAUUGAUAAUGAGCACGUGUCAGCCUAUCCGACCUUUGACUACCGAGGGGCCAAGACCUUUCGUCCAACGAAUGCGGGUUGCUUGAUGAGAAACAUGACGCAUAACAAAUUUUGUUCCGUCUGCCAGGAAGGGAUUUGGUCACAGUUUCUUCAGCGAAUUUCUCUCAUCGAUGCUGUAAUUGUCGCUCCGGGAGCAUCAGCUCCACUGCCUGUUGAAGUCCAAACCCUUCGUUUGGGUCAAUUACGAGCCCCAGGAAAUGAAGUGGUUGGAGAACGGUUGGAAAUACGAUGGGCUCUGAAUGGCACGGAACAAUCCCAGUACAACGACUUAUUCAGCAUUUCCGCAGAUGAGGGCAGUUGGGCAGUUACGGUGAAGCUGAUAAGCCCAGAAGUCAGAGCAGAUCCACAAAAUCUGCUCACCGAAACGGAAUACUUCGCUAUUCCUUUCAAAACAUCGACUUAGCAAUAUCUCGUAUAAUGCGAAAUUAACGGAAUCAUUACUUAAUUUAAUUGAUUUAUUUAAAAUUACAUAAUUAUUAAGUAAUUACAUGCUCAAAACUAGCUAAGCAAAAUUAAAUAGUAUAAUUAUUGAUCAAGCACAAACUUGUCACAUUACAGCCCAGAAUUUUAGGUUGUUUUACAUGUAUGCAAAAAUAUUAUGCGAAAUGAUGAUUACACUGUUUGCAAA